UCCGAGCGAGAGGCGUGAGAGAGUCCGCAUGCACACUCAGAAACGCAGAGAUAAAAAACGGGAGAGGGAGCGGGUUAGGAGCAGGAACGAUGGAGGCGACGACUCGAAGCAGCGCGCAACAGACUCUGACGCUGCGGACGCUACUCGCCCCCCCUCUAGCUCCUCUUCACCACUUACAAGGCAGGCGGGUGCGAUCGCGGAAGGUUGCGAUCAACACAGGGUUGCGAUAAAAGCACGUUGCGAUCGAAGCAGGCUGCGGCCAAAACAGGCCGCGUCGUUCCGCUUGGGGUGUUGAGCGGCGACGGCAACUCGAGAACCUGCGGAUAGACGGAUGCAAGGCGAGUUAGGCACGAAGCACGAGUUACAGGAAAGCGAAAUCAAACGCAAAAUCGGCGAUCAUUACCUGGUGGCGCAAAUUCGUCGGAGAAAUAAUGGAUUGACGCGAAAUAAUCGCCGCGCAUGACGGAGCAGGUGACGCAAGUCAGCAACUCUGCUGCAGCCGCCGCCGCAGCAGACGAAGCAGCAGCAGUCGCUGGUCGCUGGUAAGCAGAGCAGCAGCGGAAGACGCACGACGGCACGAAACGCCAGCCUUCGGUGCACAACCGAGUCAAUCGAAGAACGAAGGAGUUUAACGCCGGACGACCUUGUAAAGCCGAACCACGGAGUACAUCGUGGUAAAUCGCCGAACGACCGUGUCAAACGCCAGACGACCGAGUUAUACGCCGAACUACAGCAAACCGUGAAAACGAUGUUGGUCGAAGGCGAGAAAUGACGGAUGGAGGAGCGAGCAAAGGCUUCGUGGCUGGGACGAAAAUGUGAGCAACGUCCGUGGCUAGGAGAAGAAAAUGGGAGGCUGGUGAGUGAAAUGCGAGGCAGUGCUCGCGUGGUGGGGUGGAAAACGAGGCAGCGGUGAUUACACUGGCAUCGGCAUUCCCAAGGGCCUGCUGCUCGCGGUGGAAUGGGGCUCUUCCAACUCAACCAACUGGGGUUCGCAAGUUCGCAACCCAACUCGCGGUGGGGUUUCCAACAACCAGACAAACCAACCGGACACGGCACAAGGCCCCCCCAAAACCAGAAAAGAUUCGCUGCGCUACCAGGUCGACGCGUCGCUAAACAAAAAAAAUCGAUGGUUGGGAGUGCAUCCCGCCGAGCAACGGCAGGAAAACAGGCUCGAAACAGUGGGUUCCAACUGUAGUGGUCGCUUGGAGAGAAAAGUAGAGGGAACUAAAGAUGCGUGAAGUGUGGACCACAGAUUAUCCAGGCUAUGAUGCAGCCGCCGUCAGCUCAGCAUGCGAAAAGGCGAAGCGCGCACGCGAAUUGGCUCUGAGAAAUGGAUUCAUACCCAAUGGACGGAUGGCGGCAGGCAGGGAACUGGAGGAGGUAGAGCGGCAGAGAGGGAGGGAAGCAGAUUCGCACUGACACAAGGCAGGGACGUUGAGGAAGGAGGAACAGUCGAGAUGUAAGAGUGUUUCGUCCUAGAAAUAAUAAACACGAAUUCUU